CCCCUGGCCGGCCGGGGCCUCCUGCCCCGGAGCCAACUCCCGCGCCCGGGCCCCAGUCUGCGCUCCCCGUCCCAGCCCGUACACCCCGCCCGAGGCGCCCGACCUCGCCGCCUCCCUUUGGACGGGCUGAGAGGUGGCGCCGUGCGCUUUGGAGACCCCCCUGGGUUUGGGCGUUAAACCAGCCACCACCUUCCAUCCCACGCCCUCCGGCUCCAUUUCCCUCGAAUUCCCGAUGUGGAUCCUUCGCCCAGCCCUUGCCCCCGCCGGGAGGUCCAAAAGCCCACUCUGCGGCGGCGGACCCCUUCCCGGAAGAGACUUCCUGGCUGGCUUCCUUGGCCGCGGCGGCGGGGGGGGAUCUGGCCCCCCAGCUCUCCCGCGUGGCCGGCGGUGAGACGGAGGCGGCCCUCCGUCCUCUCCCGCACUAGUUUGUGCAUCAGUGUUUCAGUUGGGGACCCAGCGCGUGGGUAGGGCCUGCGCAGAGGGGGCAGUCCUCGGGCGCUAGUACUGCUUCUCCUCCUACACCCCCUCUCCCCAGUUCCAGAUGGGGUUGCUGAGGACUUGGCACACGGUUGUGUAGUACCUGGAGUCAGCAGCACCUACAGACGGAUCCCCGACGCUGCUCAAGCGUGCUCGCUGGACUCCUGGAAGGGGGAUGGCCCGCUGAGAGGUCUCAGGAGGCAGGAGCCACUUCUCAAACUGGCCUCCCGGGACUCAGGCGUGGAGAUGGUGGUUGGGGACAGCCCCCUGACCCCCUCCCCGGGCCUUUCUCAGGACUCUCUGGACUUUGAGCCCGCAGGGAGCCCUGUGCCCCUGGGCCUUGCUUCCCUGGAGCCUGCUGCCCACCUAGGCCGGCUUCUGGCCAGCCGUAAGCUGGAGCAGGUGCUGGAGCGGUCCCGCCAGCUCCCGACCUCCCCUGCCAGCGUGUCACGAUACCCCUGCUCCCUGAAGUCGCCCAGAGAGCCUGAAUGUGAAAUGCCCCUUUUUGGAGCAGGGGAACAGGAGGCCGCCAAGGCAGAAACUGCCCUAGAGGCAGGCGUGGAAGAAGCAGAGGUGGCUGGGGGCCUGGGGCCUGAAGCCUGGGCCUGUCUCCCAGGGCAGGGUCUCCGCUACCUGGAACACCUGUGCCUGGUGCUGGAGCAGAUGGCAAGGCUUCAGCAGCUCUGCUUGCAGCUGCAGACCCAGAGGCCCCCGCGGGAUCCUGAAUCGGAGGAAGAAGAGGAGGAGGGGGAGCCACCCGUGGCCCCUUCACCUCCACCUUCUCGUGCUCGAGGCCAUCAGGUGCACGAACAGCUCAGCCAGAUGCAGGGGACAGGGGCAAAACCAGCUGCACCCCUAAAGGUAGGGCCGCCUGGUGCCAACCCUCCCAGGCUGUUAGAGGCCACAGCAGAGCCAGCUCACAUUUUUCCACCCUCCCAGGGACACAAGCGGGAUCUCUCCCACUGGAACAAGGUCAAGGUCCUGCUCAACCGGAUCCGUUGGAGGAGCCCGAAACACCCCGAUUCCCCUGCCCCUCCUGAUGGCCUUGGGGCCCAGCCCAGGAUUGAGUCAAGGGGCGUCCCUGAAAGACCUCCAUGCCAGCCCCUCCGGAAGACCUUUAUGCCAUCAUUUGUGGUUAAGAAGCAACGAGCAAAAAACCUUUCUGUAUGCUGAGACCUCCUGGUGCAGGGACGUGACCCUGGGUGGAGGGGUGUGCAGCGAAGCCUUCUUCCUUGCCCUUUGUCCUGUUGCUGCUUCUGGGCACUGCCAGGAAAAGCUGCUGAUGCUCACCCUUCUCUCUGAGGAGAGGGCUGGAUCUUUCUCCUCUGGGCAGCCUGGCAGAGGAGCCCUGGUUCCCUGAGAGGCCCCAAGGUGCGGCAGCCCCUUGGCUCCUUGCGGGUUGCCGGAAAUCCCCGGGCCUAGUCAAUGUGAACGAACUUAUUUAUCAGGAGUCCGUAGAGCAUGUUUGGCAUGGAGAUCUACUGGGGCCUCACGUGUCACAGAUGUGUAUUUGUGCAAAAUGAUCCAUGUAUCUCUGUGAGUCUCACUGUUGUGAACUGGCUGGAUCCAACCGUCUCUUCUGAAUCAUGCACUCAAAGUGUUGGUCUUCUGGGGGAGGCGACUGCAGAAGGAUGGAACUGACCUUCAUUGCUCAGUGGGCCGUUACUGAUUGGGAGUCCUGCUUUCCUUCUCCUACCUUCAUGGGUAGCCCCAGGACAGAGGUGGGGGUACUAUCUUGGUGCCUCUGCAUGGAGUUUUGUCUGUGAAGCAGAGCCCCUGAAGACUGAACCUGGAAUGGAAGGGUCAGGGACAACAUGGAGAAUAGCAGAGUAAGCUUCAAGGUCUGUCUUCAGCUGCUUUGGUCCCUAAUAACCUUUACACAUCAGAGACUCAUACUAGCUUUUAGACCUUGACAAAAAUCCCUUAACUUUUCUGAGCCGUAGCUUCCUACUUCAUCUCCCAAAUUGUUUAAUGAUACCUGCCCUACCUACCUCACAGUCUUAUUAUGCAGAUAAAAUGAGAUUAAACUGUC